AAAUUAUGUUGCGGGCUGGUUUUACUUGAAGGUCUACCGCCCCCCUCUGGUAGGGAAGGACAACUACACCCUGUGUCCGCUCGGCGUACAGUAACCAUGGCAACAACUGGAAACGACUCUCAACAUUAACUCCAGAAACAGACAGAAGAGAAAACUAGCCGCAAUCAUUUAUUGGUCUGUAAGAGAACAGGUUGAAAAGUUUUAUACAACAAAGAUGGACAUUACGGUCAUCGUACCAGGAGAAGCGGAAGGGUUUAUUUCGUGUCUGGAAACGUUUUCUGUUAAAGAAGUGGGUUCUUCGAGGUGGUUUAUACAGCAUGAGUAUAUCGAGAAACUAAACAUGCAGGCGAUACUGAAUGCUUCUACCAUGCAUGAUGAGUACAUCAAGGAGUUUCUGGUGUUACAUAAAAAGAUUGCUGUCCUUGUCCAUGAAAUGAUCCUAGUUGAAGUGUGGAAGCAGAAGGUGUUCCCUAUUUUGUGUCAGCUGCAGGACUUCAAUCCUAAGAACACAUUCCCUCUUUACAUGGUGAUCCGCCACGAGGCCACAAUAAUAAACCUACUUGAAACAAUAAUGUUUCAUAAGGAUUCAUGUGAAGCAGCGGAGGACUCCAUUCUGGACCUGGUUGAUUACUGCCAUCGCAAACUCACUCUGUUGGUCGGUAAAAUGACCACAGAAGGGACCACAACACAUGACCACGACAAACAGACAGGAAAAACAGAUGUGUCCUCACUAGAGGAGUUGCAGAAUCAGAGUGCUGCACUGGAGUUUGAGAUUUCACUGAAGGCUUUAUCGGUCCUGCGCUACAUUACUGAGCACACAGACAGUAUCAGUGUUAUAAAUCGUAUGUUAUGUAUCCACAACAUCCCUUGUGUCCUGGUUCAGCUGAUUGACAGCUGCCCUUGGAGUCGCAGCAGAGCAGGGGAGGUAGAGAAGUACGUAAAUAGUAAAUGGCAGAGGAUUCCUGUGGAAGACCAUCUAAAAAUGACCAAAUUAGAUGGUCAGGUCUGGAUUUCGCUUUACAAUCUGCUACUAAGGGAAGACUGCCAACAGAAAUAUGACUUCAAUAAUUUCAACAAGGUCCAGCUAUUAAAGCUACGGGGCUUCUUGACAGAGGUGUUGAUUGAUCAGCUUCCAAACCUUGUGGAACUGCAGCGUUUCCUGGCUCAUCUUGCAGUCACAGACCCUGCCCCUCCAAAAAGGGGGCUUAUUUUGGAACAGAUCCCAGAAAUGUGGAACCAAAUUGUGAAUAAUAAUUCAGGGAAGUGGAAGGCAAUAGCUAAGUAUCAAGUCAAAGAAACAUUCAACCCAUCUGAAAGUGACCUGAGACACCACGCACAGAGGUUGGCUCAGACUUACAAUUUAGAUGUGAUGGAGAGUUUAAUCCCAGAGAAGCCAAAGUGUGGAUCCUGUGGAAAAGUGGCUGCAAAGAGAUGCUCUCGAUGUCGGACAGAAUGGUACUGUUCCAGAGAAUGCCAAGUGAAGCACUGGCAGAAGCACAAAAAAGCCUGUGAGCUAAUGCCUGAGGUCAGAGAGAAGAUCUAAAAGGACACAUCGACAUCUAAGGGAGAGAGGCUGAAGCGCAUGGAUGCACUAGUGGCUGAUGGCACAUACAGGGCUUUUAAUUCAUAAGAUGUAGGCAGCAGAUAUGAAUAUGGACUACACAGAGGUAUACUAUUUGACAGUAAAUUUUGUUUUGGGUUCAUGAGCAUAUGUUCUUUGUGCUGAAUAAACUCAGACUAAAUCUGUUUUGUUUCACUUGUUUUAAAAAAAGGGGAUUUAACUAAACAGAUGGAUAAGAUCCUAAUUACUGUAGUGAUUAAUACGUUUCCACUACAACAAGUUCUUUAACCAUAACUGAUACAGUGAGUAGUUUUCAUUUCUUAAACAACCAGUGGUUUGAUAAAGAGGAUAAAAACUGGACAAUACCAGGAUUCAUUAGGCUGAAAUUGUGAAAGAGUGGUUUAGGAAGCAUGAAGCAUCAUUUUCACAAAUGGACUGGACACUACAGAGUCCAGAUCUGAACCCUGUUGAGAAUCUUUGGCAUGCUCUGGAGACUUUAUGCAGUGGUCCAACCCCUCCAUCAUCGAUACAAAUCUUUGCUAAUAUCUAAAAUUAACUCUGAACAGACAUGAAUGUUGACAUUUUUCAUGACAGUACAUAAACAUUGCAUGGUAUAAACAAUACUACAGCAAACAAAGCUAAAAGUAGACCGUCCCUGAACAAAAGAGACAUGUUUUUUUUCCCCCACAUUGUGUAGUUUCUAAAUGAGUGAGAUCCUAUGUUGACCUUCUGGGAAAUUGUUUAUAAAACUAAGCAUUAUUUUAUCUAAUGUUGACAUUA